AUGGAAUCGUUAGAUUUGCGUUCUCUGAUUUACGUUGAGGCCAUCAAUUCGAAUCUUAUUUGUUGCAUUUGUCAGACUCCCUUCAUUGAUCCAGUGUUUAUAGAAUCAUGCGGUUCAUGCAUAAAUCAAGCCAUAACAUCAAGGCCGACUUGCCCAGUUGAUCGUUCCAGACUUUCUGAUGUUUGUGAGCUUAAACCUGCUUCCAAGAUAAUAUCCAAUAUGGUUAACGAAUUGUUAGUUUACUGUCCAAAUAAGGAUCUUGGCUGUAAUUAUCAAGGCCAACGUCAACUAUUAAGUUGUCACCUGAAAGAAGGAUGCAUGUUCACCAUUAUAGAGUGUUGUAACGAGAAAUGUGAAGAAUCAGUACUUAAAAAAGAUUUACCAAAACACAUGGAAAAAUGUAGAGCCAAAGUUAUCGACCGUGAAAGAUGUAAAUGUAAAGUUCAGUUAGGUACUUUAGAGUCAGCUAAUGAUGUACACCUUGAAGAGUGUUCUGAGAGACCUUCCACGUGUAUUCAUACUGAAUACGGUUGCUCCUGGACUGGUCUUCAACGCGAUUUAUUGAAAGUUCAUAUCCCAUCUUGUUCAUAUGAACCUUUGAAAGAUUUUUUCGCCAUCUACAAACAACGUAAUGAAAUUCUUGAGCAAGACAACAAACAACUUCGAACAACAGUUCAAGAGCUCAGUAAAAUGGUUAAGUCUCUACAAAAUCAGUUAUCAAGCAUAUCUGAUUGGUUGGCAUCUAUAUUUCCAUCUCAUUUUCUAAAUCCAGAGGAUACUGUAAUGGCUUCUGAAGGACCGCCACCUCUUUUAACAACGCACGAGUUACUACUAUCAGAAAACGAACAUUUUAAAAAUGAUAUCGAAACUUUAAAUGCCAAUUUAACUGAAUUAGAGCUAAGACAGAAUGUUGCUCUGAUGACAGAAAGCUUGAGAACACAAGAGGAAAUACAGAAUCUUAAGAAUAUAUGUCAUAGUUUAAGAAUGCAAAUGCAUUAUUUAUUGAUAGAAAGGCGAGGUGAUGAACCGUCUGUUCGGAAUGUUGUUAACUCAACGUCUGUAGCCAGAUCAGGUCUUACGGGAUCUCUAGUGUCUGGAAUAUCAGGUACCAAGGGGGGUACUUUAUCGGAAUCUGACGUUUUAAGAACAACCAUCCGACCGCCUGGCUCUAAUAUUCCUUCGAAUGUUCAACCGCUUAGGAAAUUUGGCUCUUUUGAUCCUGAUUCCCCUCGAAAAGAGAAACUUUGA